AUGACAGGUUCUGGUUCCCCUUGUGGUGCCUGCAAGUUUUUGAGAAGAAAAUGUGUUAGAGGGUGUGUUUUUGCACCUUAUUUCUCACAUGAACAAGGUGCAACCCAUUUUGCAGCCAUCCACAAGGUUUUUGGUGCAAGCAAUGUGUCAAAGCUGCUUGCUCACCUCCCUGUUACUGACCGCUGUGAAGCUGCUGUCACAAUCUCAUACGAAGCUCAAGCUAGGCUUCAGGACCCCGUUUAUGGCUGUGUUUCUCAUAUCUUUGCUCUCCAGCAGCAGGUUGCUAAACUAGAAGCACAACUUGCUUCUCUUACGGAGCAAGCAUCUCAAAGCAUUGCAAAUGGCUCGGUUACAUCAAACCCUAAUGAUGGAAAGCUUCCUUGUUCUCAGCUCCAAGAUGUUCAAAGUUGGUUUCACCCUGAUAAUUCAAGCAUGGCACCAAAUUUUAACCCGAGUUCAUACGGUGAACAUGGGUUCUCGAAUCCCAACUCUUCAGGGAUCUAUUAUGAGAAUUCAAUCGUCUCAUCAGGAGAAGAUCAUAUCUCGUUUACUACUUUUGUAGAGGCUCCUCAUUCAAUGUCUUCGUCCCUUGACAUGCAAACAAAUAACAGACAAUGGAGUUUCCAGGAUGUUGAUGACCUUCAAUCGAUGGCCUUCAGGUAUGCUCAAAAUUCCAGAUGAAGGGGGCUCAAUGGAGAGGAAACAGUUCAUGAAGACACCAUGGACCUUCCAGUUUUGAAUUGAAUGCUGCUAUGCUCCUGCAUAUUUUGAAGCAUGUGCACUUUUAGGAACCAUAAUAAAUUAAUGUUCAUACAAUAUCUCAAACCCUAUAUCAUCUACCCUACCAUUAUUUUCUAUAAUCUAGAAAGAAAACUGUCUAUGGCCUUAUUGAGGACAUCAAUUUUUUUUUUGACAUGAUAAAUUUACCGUCGUGAAAAUGACCGAUCAGGUUAAUUA